AUGGUGCAGAAGUACCUGUCCCCCGUGCGGGUGUACAAGUACCCGUUUGAGAUGGUGAUGGCGGCGUAUGAGAAGCGUUUCCCUACUUGCCCCCUCAUACCGGUGUUCCUUGGCAGCGAGGUGCUUAGCGACGUCACCAGCGACGACGGCUCCAGCCGCAUCGUCGAGCGCAGCUGCAAGCUCAGUGUGGACGCACCUCGCCUCCUCAAGAAGAUCGCUGGGGUUGAGUAUGUCUACUUCAACCAGAAGAACACGCUCAGCUGGAGGGACCGAUCGCUUGUCAUUGAGGCUCACAAUGAGACCUUCGCCAAUAGAGUCUUCGUCUUCGAGACGUGCAGCUACAGUGUCCACCCUGAUAAUGAGGACUGGACAUGCUUUGAGCAGUGUGCCUCCCUAGACAUCAAAUCCUUCUUCGGCUUUGAAAGCACAGUGGAGAAAGUCGCUAUGAAGCAGUACACAGCCAACAUUAAACGGGGCAAGGAGGUGAUCGAGUUCUACCUGAAUGAGCUCAUGCAAGAGGGCAUCACUGAAAUACCGCGCUGGGUUCCCCCCGAGCAACGACCUCUGAACUCUGACCCUUUUCCCUUCGCCACCACCGCCGCCACCACCUCCUCCCCAUCCUCCUCCUCUUUGACCUGGCCGACCCCCAGCUCCCAGCUGCACCUUGACCUCUCGUCGCCUGGCAACAGCAGCCGUGAUGCCCCCAGCUUCAGCGCUGGCAACUCAGAGCCGUCCACUCCAGAUGGUGAGUUCGGUUUCUGUUUUUUUAAGGGGUUGCCGACUGAAACAAUGACUCAGCAAAAAAAAGGAAAAAGAAGAGUUAAGCAUCUAACUGAUAAGCUGGAUGCGGACUACAUUGAGCGGUACCUGGGCCAUCUGACGCCAAUGCAGGAGAGCUGUCUGAUCCAGCUCAGAGCCUGGUUGCAGGAGACGCACAAGGGCAAGAUCCCCAAGGAUGAGCACAUCCUGCGUUUCCUGCGCGCCCGUGACUUCCACCUGGAGAAGGCGCGCGACAUGCUCUGCCACUCGCUCACCUGGCGCAAGCAGUUCCAGGUGGACUACAUCCUGGAGACGUGGACGCCCCCUGGCUGCCUGGUGGAGUACUACGCCGGAGGGUGGCACCACCACGACCGUGAGGGGCGACCGCUCUACAUACUGAGGCUGGGCCAGAUGGACACCAAGGGCCUGGUCAAGGCAGUGGGCGAGGAGGCGCUGCUCAGACACGUUCUGUCCAUCAACGAGGAGGGGCAGAAGAGGUGUGAAGAGAACACAAAAAUAUUUGGCAGACCAAUCUCGUCGUGGACGUGUCUGGUGGACCUGGAGGGCCUGAACAUGCGGCACCUGUGGCGCCCCGGGGUGAAGGCGCUGCUGCGCAUCAUCGAGGUGGUGGAGGCCAACUACCCCGAGACGCUGGGCAGGCUGCUGAUCGUCCGAGCGCCGCGCGUCUUCCCCGUCCUCUGGACUCUGGUGAGUCCGUUCAUCAAUGAGAACACUCGUCAGAAGUUUCUGGUCUACAGUGGGAAUAACUACCAGGGCUCCGGCGGUCUGGUGGACUACAUCGACCAGGAGAUCAUCCCUGACUUCCUGGGCGGAGACUGCCUGUGUCACGUUCCUGAGGGGGGGCAAAUACCGAAGUCCUACUACCAAUCAGAGGAGGACCUGGACAACCCCGACCACAUACGUCUGUGGGCCGACACCAUCUACCAAUCGGCACAAGUCUUUAAAGGAGCACCACACGAGAUCAUGAUUGAGAUUGUGGAGGGCUCGUCAGUGAUCACGUGGGACUUUGACAUCCUGAAGGGGGACGUGGUCUUCAACAUCUUCCACUCUAAAAGGACCCCUCGACCGGUGAAGAGAGAGGCGCCUGGGUCGGCGCCUGUCAUAAAUAACGUGCAGUUGAUUGACAGGAGCUGGGUGCUGGGAGUGGACUACAGCAUGGUGGAGUCUCCGCUCACCUGCCGAGAGGGCGAGAGUAUACAGGGUUCUCACAUCACUCGCUGGCCUGGUAUCUACAUCCUAAAGUGGAAGGCCACUGGCCACACCCCUACCUCAGGCCCCUCCCUCUCCCGGGUAGAUGACGUGCUCGCCUCCCUGCAUGGCUCCGCCCCCAGGUGUAAGGUUAUGUACUACACUGAAGUGCUCGCAUCACAUGACUUCAGAGGCUCUAUGAGCAGUCUGGAGUCGUGUCACAGCAGAUUCUCGCAGCUCAGCGCCGGCACUACCUCCUCCAGCCAAUCACAGGGCAGCUCACUCAUAUCCAGAUAAUCACACACACACAUACACACACACACACA